AGCGCGGUGAUGCAAGACUACCAGCCCGCCCGCUCGGCCACCCACGUAUCUCGCACAUAGAAGUGUUAUCUACUUCCCGCAACGACACAGCAUUUUCUCCUACCCCUUCCGGCCGACCUUGCGCCGUGGCCGGCCGGUGGCAUGAAACUGGCUCAUUUUGCGUCGUUUCUAUUUACGUUGCGGUUUUCAGGAACGUAACCCCGACGUAAACCGAGGACUUACUGUAUUAGUUGCUCCGUGAUAAGUUGAAUGCAUUGUCGUAUAUCUACAAUGGAACACUCAUUUCCAUACUGUUCAUUUAAUAAAAGUGCGGUGUACCAGAAAUUAAUUCCUUUGAAGUACACUGUGUUUGUAGUGGUGCAGAAGUAUUUUUCCUCAAAUGGAUUUCUUGUGUGAGGGUGGAAGAAAUAUUGUUUACUUUUAAAAUGACUGCAAAGGUGCUCGCCGGUGUACAGUGGUGUGGUCAUGUGACAGCUGCCAGAUGUGUUGAUGUCAUUUACAAAUCAUAAUGCAUUCCAGGAACCGAGAAAGUACUGAAAUGUUAUACUGGGUGAAUUUCUACUAAAAAUAUCACUUUCAAUGAAGAAAAAAAUUAGAUGGAGUGCUUAUGAGCAUGGCCAGAAAGAGUGAUGUUAUGCGUGGAUUUAAUGUGUCUGUAGUUGGAUUAUCAGGUACUGAGAAAGAAAAAGGUCAAAUAGGAGUAGGAAAGUCAUGCCUAUGCAACAGAUUUCUUCGAUCUGUAGCUGAUGAGUACAGUGUUGAACACAUUUCGGUAUUGAGCCAGACUGAUUUUAGUGGCCGUGUGGUAAACAAUGAUCAUUUUUUAUAUUGGGGAGAAGUUACCAAAACAUCAGAGGAAAGUGUUGAGUUACUGUUUCAAGUUGUAGAACAAACUGAAUUUAUUGAUGAUGCUUCAUUCCAACCAUUUAAAGGAGGAAAAAUGGAACCUUACAUAAAGAGAUGUUGUGCCACUAAGCUGACAAGUGCUGAAAAGUUAAUGUACAUCUGUAAAAAUCAGUUAGGUAUUGAAAAGGAAUAUGAACAGAAAGUAAUUCCAGAUGGUAAAAUGAAUAUAGAUGGUUUUUUGUGUGUUUUUGAUGUUAGUGUGGUCCCAGGACGAUCAAUUGAAAAGCAGGUUGAAGUUGUUACUACUAUUUUAAACAAUCUGAUGAAAACAAAGAAGCCUGUGGUUCUGGUUACUACAAAAAAUGAUGAUGCAAAUGAAUCGUAUGUUAAGGAAGCUGAAAAAAUAGCAUCCAGAAAGGAGUUUAAAGGAGUAAUUCCAGUUGUAGAAACUUCUGCUCAUGAAAAUAUAAAUGUGGACUUAGCUUUUGUGACCCUUGCACAGUUAAUUGAUAGAACUAAAGGUCGAUGUAAAAUUGUGCCAUAUAUUGAAGCUGCCAAGGCUAGAAAAGAGUUACUAGAAUCAUCAACUGAAGCAUUCCAUAGGUUAAUUCGCUCACAGGUGACAGACCAUUGUGCUGUGUGGAGUUAUAGUUCAAAAAAGUUAGCUCAACAUGAAGAGUUUGUGCGGUACAUUGAGUUAUUUGGCAUGGACAGUUGUCAACGACUUUUUAAAAGACAUGUCAAAAAGUUGAAAGACGAACAUUUAGCUAAGAGGAUUCAGUGUUUCAUGGCUGUACUGCCUGAAGUUUUACAAGAAAUGGUUCCUGACCUGUCAGCAUUAAGAGAUCGUGAUUGGCCAUCAGUCCAGGCAUUUAUCAAGGAACAUCCAGAGUUCAGCCAGUACUUCUAUGAAUGUCCAGAUGAUAUUGCUUGGAUGGAACAGGAUAUAAGUGAUGGAAAUGGAACACGUAUACCAUUUACGGUACUGGAUACUAGUGAAGCGGAAACAGUUUUCAAAAAUCAUUUGAAUGCUCUGCAACAAGAAGAGAAAAGACUAGAGUUAAAGGUUCAGUUUAAGCAGUUACUUGAGGAUACAGGUUAUGUAACUCCUGGGAAGCAAUUGUCUGAGGUUCGAGUACUCUUCAUGGGAAGAGAAUGUUUUGAAAAGCUGAGUGAACAAGACUGCCAGUAUAUUUAUGACCAACAUCAGAAGGAAAUUGUGGAGAGAGCCAAACAGAAUUUCCAAGAACUUCUUUUGGAACAUGCUGACCUCUUCUACCAUUUUAAAAGUAUUGCUCCAACUGGAACAAUUACACAAGAGGACAUAAAAGAAAUAACAGAUGCUUUACAAGAUGAUUCAAGGUAUAAAGCUUUAGACCGCUUGGAUCAAGACAGAAAACUUAUGUUAUUUCAGCAUUUGGGAUUUGUCCAUUGUCCUAUUAGAGAACAUUGUCCAGCAUUUCCAAAUUGUAUGGAUGCACUAGUUGAACGCAUUUUGGGUACUAAAGCACACAGGCCAUCUUCAUGGAAUCAUAAUAGCCAGUGGUUCCUUAGCUCUGACAACAGUCAAUUAAACUUGGUUAUUUUGGGAAUUGAUGGAUUGGCAGAAGAGUUAGCCAAUGAAAUUCAUGAACAGUGUGAUGAUGAUGAAUAUGAAAUUGACUGCCAUUUAUACAGUAUAGACUACAGAAUUAUCGAUGGAGACGUCAGUUUACCAGAAAAUACGUUUACUACAUCAAAUUUUUCACCUAAUGGAUGUUUUUGUGUAUAUUCUAAUCCAGACGGCUUUGAAUAUGUGAGAGACAGCCUGGAAAAAACACUUUUGUCAAAUUUGGAACAAGAUGACAGGCUCCCAUUCCAAGGACUUCCUAUUGUUAUUUUAUUUGUUGGCGAUCCUUCAGUAGAUAAAUGUGAAUUAUCACAACUCCGGGAAGAAGGCCAGAAUUUGGCUGAUAGCCUUCAAUGUCCAUUUAUUGACGUCUCCUUAAAAGAUAAUGUUUUGGAAAAGAGAUUUAAUGCAUCAUUGAUUGCUGAAGCUCUGGGUCAGCUUAUUCAGAGUAUUCACCACAGAGCUGGCUUUCUGGGUGUUUAUCAAUCAGUUUUGGAGUCACUGCAUCCUGAUAUAAGGAUUAUAUUGUGUAUGUUCUGUGGAGAUCCAUAUUCGGUGGAAAAUAUUUUGGGACCUUUACUAAGCCACCAGUGUUGUUUUCUGAGCGGUGAACGUAGCAUAAUCCUGGAAACAUUUCUUGGUGAUUCGAAACGAAAAGUGGAAGUUAUAAUUUCAUCAUUCCAUGGAGCAAAUGCAUUUAGGGAUGAGCUUGUACAUGGCUUUAUUUUGGUGUAUUCCACGAAAAGAAAGGCUUCUCUAGCAACACUGAAUGCUUUUUCUAUGAACAUUCCAAAUUUACCCAUCCAAAUCUUGGCUGUGACCGAUGUAGGAGGUGCUAAUGCAUUUUUUAGUAAUGAUUUGUGUCAUUUGUUGAUAACGGAAGGAAACGCGACAGCAGAUAGAUUACAAGCCCAUUUUAUGACAUCUACUUCAUCUUGUCAGCAAAAAACUGCAUUUUUCACUCCAUUCUUUAAGGAGGUUUGGGAAAAGAAGCCAGAAAUCGAGCAAGCCUUUCACAUGGAGGAACCAGUUAAUUUAAAUGAUCUAAAUAGUUCUGGAGAAGUUUCGUUAGAAAGGACAAAUCGGCAUCCUCUCCCACCACCUAGAAAUGAGAGCUACCAUAUAAAAGUAGGAUCAACUGAGGGAAGUGGCUCAGAAAUAUAUGAGCAGCUCCCUACUGAUGUUUCUUUUGAUGAUGGUGUAAAUGAGCCCUUGUCUCCGUCCAUUCCUGAAGAACGAUUAUUAAGUCAAAGUGAUGAUAGCGAUAUUUAUUCCAAUGUUGAUCAAUAUAGUCAAAUAAAUUCGGAAUUGAUUAUCAAGCCCAGUGAUUUGAAAAAGAGCAGAAAAUCAAAAAAAGGUUUCCAGGUCUAUCCUCAACCUACUACUCCUCCUGAGCCAGCACCCCCUGAUCACCUAAGCUGUCUGCAGCCAUCGGAGUCACACACAAGCCUGGAUGAAAUCAAAUCUGACAUCAGUGGAUCUCAGGAGUCCUUGGCAACAAGGGAAACAGGAUGGGUUGAGGAAACAGUGUUUGUGCAACGUCCACCCCUGGAAAAUGAGUUGUGGAACACUUUUAAUCAGCAUGCUUUUACAACAGGAAGACGGCAUAUUUCGUCAUUGAAAUCAAGACCCAAAGGAAGCAGUCAGACAUUGAAACAACCGGGCAAGUUGAACUUGCAGGAAUUUUCAUUGGUUACGGAAACAAUUGCUAGAAUGAAUAUUUCCGGAAAGGAUUUAAAUGUGUCAAAACUAAGCAAGUCACCGUUUGGAAACGCACCUCUUGCAACACCAGAAAAUGUUGAUUUGGGUUCAGAGUACGCACAGGUAAAAGAUGCAGUUCCUAAUGUGUAUACUUCUUAUGAUGCAGAAUAUGCUUAUGCUUUAGUGCAAGAUGCAGUUGUUUGUCCUAACACAAAAUCAAAAGUAAGGCACAGACGUGAAAAGGAACGUACAUCAUAUUCAGAUUCAGAUAGUGAUUGGAGCUCUGUUGAUGGACGGCAGAGACUAGCAGAUACAUAUUCAACUGUUAAUAGAAAACCCACGCCUCAUAAAAGGAUGCGUAAGAAACGUGCAAUUCCUGUCCCAACGCCACGAGUUCCAUUAACACAACCAUCAGCCACAGCAGAAUGUCCAAGAGUGGUUAACUUCGUAAACAAAGAUGAUCAACAAGAAAAUCCGGAUCCUGUUGAGCAAGCAAAAUCAAAGACUGAUGGUACCUUCAGUCAGGCGCAUGAUGAUGAAUCCAGCAUGGACAUGUCUUCUCCAAGAGAUGUCAACUCUCCCAUGUUUGGUGUGAUACAGAAAGCUAAAGAAGGAGAUAAACCAUCACGAAGAAAAGAAAAACAGAAAAUUAAAUCUGAUGAGAAGCAUGUGAAAAGAAGAUUGAAAGAGGAAAAAUUAAAAAAAUUAUUUGAAAAAGAAAAAGAGCGUGAAAGGAAAAAGGCAAAGAGCAAGUCUAAAAUUCCUGCUGUUCUUAAUCAACCUGUUUUGCAAGAUUUUGUUCAAUCUACGGGUAAUUCUAUUCCACUUUUGCUGGAGAAAUGUGUGAGGUUCAUCGAAGAAGAAGGUUUAGAUUCGGAAGGUAUAUAUCGUGUCCCAGGAAACAGAGCACAUGUUGAUCUUCUGUUUCACAAAUUUGAAGAAGAUCCAAACAUUGACAUUCGUAAAUUGGACAUACCUGUAAAUGCUGUUGCUACUGCAUUAAAAGACUUCUUCUCAAAGCGACUGCCUCCGCUGUUGACCCAAGAUCUAAUGGCAGAAAUAGAAGAUAUAUCUGGUGCAAGAAGAAGCAACAAACAAGUUUCAUCAUCUUACCUCAGUUUGGAAGUGAACACUGACAGGAGCUGUCGUUUACUGGCUCUUCGUGCGCUUUUGGAGAAAUUGCCACGUGUUAAUUUUGAGGUAUUGAAGUUUGUGUUCCAACAUUUUGUUAAAGUCUCGGAAAACUGCAAACUAAACAGUAUGGAUUCUAAAAAUUUAGCUAUUUGUUGGUGGCCAACAUUGCUACCCAUUGAAUUCAAUGACAUGGGGAGAUUUGAACAAAUGAGGCCUCAUUUAGAAGAUCUUGUUCAAACUAUGAUUGACCAGUAUCCAUUUUUGUUCUGUGGAAAAGAAGCAUUUGUAAUGGUUUGAGAAAUGCGGAUUACCAAAUAUAAACGACAGUUCUUGUGGUAAUCCACUGAACUAUGACUUUCUUCACCAUACACAAUAAACUAAGAAGUUACCUUUCAACAUUUCUGCAUUACGUUGCAGGAUUAGUAUUUGAAGAUGUGAAUGGGAUUUGAAAGUUAUGUGGCCUGCUUACUGUCGAUGUUUUUCAAGGAAUGAAUAAAAUUAAUUGUUGCUAAAAUCAUGAUGUGAUGGAAAAAAUCACUUCGCCUAUAAAAUUUAACUUGUGUGAUUUAAAAUACUGACACGAAAGCAUGUGGUAAUUUAAUUGUAUGUCUAUUGUACUGCAUUAUUCAGUAGAUAAAACUCUGAAGAACUAUGAACUUGAAUAAAUAUUACAGUGUAUGUCAAACAAUUAGAACGCUUCUUGUUCUACAUGUGCGAAUGUAAUUUGUAUGCUGCAUGGUGCUUUGUAUGCAGUUUGUAAAAAUUUUCCACUUGUGAUGUUCUGCGAUACAUCCUUAUUUUGUGAACGGAAGGAUAAGUAUUUUAAAAGUGAACAUUUAUUAGCUAAAGAAUGUUAAGAUUUUUUUGUAAUGUUUUUACCAUGCCUCCAGACAUUUUUUGUAUGGUCAUUUUCUAUUUCCUUUGAGUUGUAUACAAAUCAUGAUUUAAUUUAAUGUACAAACAUAUGUGACUUUGUUAAAUAAGGUUUAGGAUGUGUGUAUUUUUAGUUGUAGAUUAUUUAUGCAUUGCUAUCAGAAAUGAAAGAAGACUGCAUCUAGUAUGUUGCCAAUUUACAAUUGUUACACUCCUUCUUUUUUACCCUCACAAAUUGUAAAAAUCUAUAGUUCUCUGAAGUUUGUUGAGUUAGCUUCUUCAAACACAUUUUUGAUACUUGUGGGUUUAGUGUACAUACAGGGAAUUGUUUCUAGAACAGUUUUGCUAUAUGCAGUGAAACAUGAAGCUCAUUUCGAACAUCCAGCCUCAUUAUUAAGAGUCUCAUAUUGUCUUAAGUAUAUUGAAUUUUUUUAAAUUUUGUGAUAAACAUUAGUCUUAAGUCAGAAAGAAAAUUUUACAUGAAUUAGAAAUAAAUAUCACAUUUUCGUGGUAUUUUUCAAAAACAUUUUUUGUUAUAUUAUACAAAAAAAAUUUGACUCAUUUUGUUACAUUUCAAAUAAUGAAACAUAACAGCCUAUCUUCCUUUUUAUCUAUUUAUGUAUUAGAGUUAAUCCUGUAUUGUGAAAUUAAUGCCACCUUUGAGAAUGAGGAAAUUUUGAUGCCUUCAUUUAAUUUUUAAUUUUGUUCAAAAUAUGUAUAGGUAUGUUUCUUACCACAGGCAUCUAUGUGAAUCAUUUCUGUGCAAUGCAACUGUUGCACAUUUUGUGAAACCUAUCAAUUUGGCAUAUAAAACCAAUGCAAGUUAUCUCAAAUACGUAACUUUGACUGUGAAAACUGUAUUUGCAUUCCAUGUUAAUGUCCAGUUAAGGAUAUUGAAUAGCAAGGUAUUCAUAAUUUUGGAUGACCAUCACAUAUUUAGAUGUGCAAAAUGUAAUUUCCAACUAAUGAAAUGGUUUUCAGUUUUGUAGUUUUUUAAGUAUUUGCCUGUUUAGGUCACAGUUUUGCUGGGUUUUUUCCGGUCACAAACACAAUAACUAACCCAAUUAAUUUGAAACACUUUCUGUGAAUACAGUAUCUUAAAAACAUUGCCCUGGGCUACCUCUCUCUUUGUGUGAGUUGGUGUGUGUAUGUGUGUGUGUGUAUGUGUGUGUGUGUAUGCACCUCUAAUAUAAACAUGGUUUGUGUAGUUUCAAACCAAAAUUCUCCUUAAAAUUUUAUUAAAUGUAAGGAAAUCUUUUUGAUACCUUUGUUAAAUUUUUUGUAAAAGCAUGUCUCUUCUUGAACUGAUGAUUAUUACAUCUACAAGUAGAAUUGAAUUUUACAGAAAUCAAAAAUGUACAAUAUUUUGGUUUGUAAAUACUGAUAAACACUAUUUUUUUGUGAAUGACAGUUGAUUCUGUAUAUUACAAGUCACAGAUAUUAUGUUCCUUUUACUCUGCAAUGUGUUUGUACAGAAAAAGGAAAUACAGUUCUUAAGCUGGAAACAGAAAGUAAUGUAUUUACCUGAUAAUAAAGCAGUGAUUUUUACCAAAACUGCUUGAAACUAUAAGUGGGGGGUCCCAUUAAAAUCUUUUAAUUGCAAACUUGUGCAUUAUAGUCACAAACUUUUAUCUAUCUUGCUGCCUGAAACAACUGAAUUAACAGCAAUGGGAACACCCUUGAAAAACAGCACUUUCUGUAUCUUCCUUUAGCUUGCUAUUAAUUACUCCCUCCUGAACCUCUGCUUAAUUGAAAAACUACACGCUCUGCCUGUAAACUGUGUCACUGCUCUUGUUUAUAGCUUCCUGAACCUGAACACAGGCCUGGCAUGAGACAGGAUAACACUUUGGUGUGGCAAUGGGGGAGUAUGGAGUUAGUCACUGGGUCCCUCUCAUAAUUCAACACCUCUAUUUUCUCCUCUUCUCUGUGGCUGCCGCCCUCUAGAUGACCACUCUAUGUCGCCGCAUUCUUUGCUUUCUGGAUGCUUUUGAACGAUUGCCAUAAAACUCUAAACAUUUUUCUAACUGCUACUGCUGCUGUUUUAGAAAAUACAUUUUAUAUUACUCUACUGAUGAAAGUGACACCAGAAAACCUCUCGUAAAUACCACAUAAACUUACUUAUUUAAAUAAUUUUUAGUGCUUUGUAUUUAAUUUGUGAUUUCCACUCCACAAAGUCUUUUUCACUAACUCGUGGGGGAAAAAAAAAAUUUGGGGUCACAUUAUAUUCCUAGUCACGUUAUUUUCUGGUAAAUACGGUAAGCGCAGGAGUAAUACUUUAGUGAGUGAUCAACCUGCCUUUGAUUAUGUCUGAAGUUAAAGUCUGUAUGGUUUUAAAGCAAUGUUUAGAUAAUUAGUGUCUGAUUUUUAUGUGGGUAGGAAAGUUUAAAAGAUUAUUUUCAAGAUGGUACAUUGUCUUGUUUAAAUAAAUGUAAUAUUAUUUUGUGUCAUUUCUACAUGGUCAAAUAUUUACUCUGAAUUCAAUUUUUAUUGAUUUGUAUCAUCAAAAAAAAGUGCAGUCAAAGCUCAUUUUUUUAUUACAAAACUUGUUAAUGCAAUACUCUCAUUGAUGGGAAAUAUUUUCACAUCUUUUUAAAAUGGAAAUUUUUUUGUUAAUAUUCAAUAAAGAGUUGUUUUAAGUCCCCAAGACAAAUAUUUGUUAAGUUAACUAUUUUCGGCAAUAGUCCUUAUUGUAUGAUUGAACAUGUAGGAAAACUAGGUGUAAAAUGAAACUAGGAUUAAAGUUUAGAUUAGAAGUUAAAAAAAAGACAACAUUGAUAAGCACAAAGGUUCUGGAUUAAUGAAAUUUUGUUCAACCAGUACUCUUGUUGGGUGUAGAUCAGAUAAUAAUUUUAAAAAUGAACAAACUAGCAUUUUCUGUAACUAGUUUUUAAACAAAAGUGACUAAAAUGUUAUGGGGGAAAAUGCAUAAAAAUUUAUGUUAAUACUGUGUUGUGCUGUGAAAUGAAAGUGCAUCCCAUUGUUUUCAUUAAUUUCAAAAUCCUGGAUGUGUCCUGCUCUUAAAAAUCCCUAUCAAAAUAAUUUUAAAAAUAAAACUAUACUUUUGGUUUAGUUAGAUUGGUAUGAUAAUACAAGUACAUUCAACCUUCGACUAUCCAUGGGUGGAUUAUCCAGAGCACUUAUAGGAAAGUAAGCUGAUUGGAAUUUAUAUAAUAUAUUGUCAUGGGCAAAUAUGUUUUUAAUAUAACAGUAUAUUAUAUUGUGCUACCCAUAAAUGAUAUGCCACAGUAUAUAAAUAUAUAGAUCAAAAAUGACUAAAGAAUGUCAUCUUUCAGGGAAAAAUUUUUUUUUUGGAACUGUGAAAUAAAAGUGAGUCAUCUCAGUCAGUUUAAGAUUAUUUUCUUUCUAAUAAGCCUGCAAUGAAACUAUUUUCAAUAAAUUAAAAUGUAGCAUUUAGGUAGUAUUUUAAAUAAUUCUAUAUUUGUACUACAAGCCAAACUAUAAAUGCUAAAAGCAUGAAUCAUAAACACUGUUUUACUGUCUUAGUCAUGGUAUGUGGUUGUAGUUUUACCUUGCACCUGCACACUUGGCAAGAAACGUGCUGGGGUAUUUGGCAAAUUAAUUUUGUGCUAGCUGGAAGCCAUGGUCUGCAUGAUCCCCUAAUGUGACACACCUUUUUUUUUUUGUUUUUGAGAGGGGUGGGCACGUGAAAUCCGAAAUGCCGGGUGACUCACAAAAUGAUCUCGUCGAACUGAUGGAAACCACUCUCUCAGCAUACGAGCAGAGCAAUGCGUGGCAUAUUCGACCACGUGUGUCAGCCAGUAUUGUGGCAAUGCUGUUACUGUAGUGAUGCUCAUAGUCUUAUCGUCCAACCAUUCCUUUAAAUAGGGAGAGUAGUGCACUGUCUUAAUGACUGAAGGUUUUCUAAAUUAAGUACAUGAUAUGUGAUGAAUUUGCCAUCACAUUAAAUUUCUGCUUAUUUACAGUGGUGCCACCUUGGUGCACCAUUCAAAUUUAGCAUUUGACAUUAAUUUAAUGCAUGCAUUUCAGAAAAACUUUUUGCCUUCCCCCCCCCCCUCCCCCCCCCCCCCCACUUCCCUCAGACCUACAUUGAUAACUGGAAUGAGUUGAGAUAUAAAAAAAAAUAGUUUUUGCAGAACUGAUAACUCUUAAGGUUUGCAACAUUAAAAAUGUUAUUUUAAGUUAGUAUUAAAUUAAAUUUAGCAGUCACAGUUACAUUCUGAGCUAAUUAAGCUUCAACCUAUGUAUUGGAGUUGUGAUGCAAGAGUGGGCGCAUGGCUCAUUAACUCCAUUGUUUGUGUCUGGCUUCUUUCAGCAUUUCUGCUACUAAUUUUUUUCUAGUAUAGUUUGCUUAGCCUUACUUGUGAUAAUGCAGGUUUAUUUUCCAGUAGAAUAGCUUGGAAAUAGUAAUUAAAAAAUGUAAAUAUCUCUAGCAUUUGAGCUGAGUUGUGAAUUUUCCUGUGUCAUAAGACUGAGUAUCCUUCACUGAACUUAAUUCAUUCAUAGAAAACUAGUAAUGAUACUAAAGAUGAUUUGUUCUCUUUGAUAAUAGUGUUUUAAUUUAGCCAAUGCUGCGUUGUUUAUGUAUGACUAAGUGAAGACGUCAAGAGUAUAAAUUUUUGUAGUUUGAUACAAUUAUAUGCCAUGUAAGUACCCGGGAAAACCACACACGUGGGACGUACUGUGUCGCAGUCCGGAUAUUUGCAGAUUUUGAUGUUUAUCCAAAAUCAAAUCUACAGAACAUGCCUCUUGUUAAAAUUAGUACAGUUUAAGCAGAGUUUUAUAUUUGUCAGUAUUUAUAAAUUAACGGGAGCAUACCAGCCUGUAAAUUAAUGUUUAAUUAGUAAACCAUGUCCUAUUUACUUGUAAAUGGUCAUUCAGAAAUUUAAUGCAGCCUAUUAAAUAAUUAUUUCACUAACAGAAUAUUCAUUUUUCCGUUGGAAAUUUUGUUUGCAUAUGUACGUAAAUUAACUACUUUUAUGAAAUUUUUCCACUAGAAAGCUAGAGAAUUUCAAAAUUUUGACUUGUUUUUAACUUAUUCAGAAAAUAUAUUUACUGAAACACUUAAUCCAUUUACAAAAAUAGUGUAAGACAGAUGAGAAAGUUAGUCUUUUGAGCCCACUUUCCCCCAAAAUUAUAUUGUUUGUACCAUUAGUACAUAUUAUCAGAAAUACCCAUGACUUAGUAUUGAGUAUAGAUGGGGGUUAGACAAAACUGAGUUACAAAAUAUUAUUGAUAUAUUUAGUAGGUAAAUGGUGUGAAAGAUAACUGUGUAUCAGGACUCACUGUAUUUACUUACUUAAGGAGAGAAACUCAUUUUUUUUUAUUUUUUUAUGAACUCUGGAAUCAGUGUGUGUAAUAUUAAGAGGUGUCGUGGAAUUUUUUUAAAUGCAGAAGUAGUUUGUGUCUACUGGAAGCUGUGUUUGGGGGAUGUUUAGAUGAAAGCCCAGCCUCACCAAGACACCUCAGUAGUACCUUCUGCAACAAGGGAAAAUAGGACUUUUGCAUUAAAAAAUAUUUAUGAUCAAUGAAAAGUUCUUAGAUUCCAGUAAUCAUGAACACAUUGCCCUUCCUUGCUCUAUCAUUUUAUGAUUGAGAAUGGGAGGGGUUGGUUUCUUUGUAUUUGAGCUUGCAGUAUUAGAUUCUGUUAUUAUUUUCAGUUGGUGAUUUUUACUGGAGAUUUCAAAAUAUAGACAUUUCAUAGAUUCUGAUGCUAAUGUCCAAUCUUACCUAGAUUCCCAACUCGAUUCCAAUUCUGGAUCAUUGGUACAAAAUUUGUAAUAUUAAGAUUAGUUAUGCAAUACUUUAUGUGUUGUGAUCUUAACUACAAAUAUCUAAAACCGUUUCAAAGCAUUUCGGCCACAUGUAGCUCAUGGAUUCCACAAAUUAAAAAAUCAUUGUAAACAACUUUUAGAAAAUAUUUUCACUAAAGUUGGAAAAUAAUUAUUGGAAUUUCCAUAAGGUGUGAAAUGUACUAGAAAACACAUUGAGGGCUUUCGAUUCUUGAUACAGUCAACAUUUAUGGAAUCACAGGAAUCGAAUAUUGAGGAAUCAACUUUGACAUUACCAAUUUUUACAUUUUUCACAUAUGGUUCCUUUAAUGUGUGAGGUCACUGAUAAUGGUGGACGGAAGGGAAGGGGCAAAACCAUGACUGCAAGUUUCCUCAUACUUACCCACAGUUUCCUUCAUAUUCUCAGAUAUUGAUAAUGUUUUAUCUAUUUACUAACCCCUUACAGCAAAGUUAGCUUGCUUUUUGUGUUGCCACAAACUAUAAUCUUCAGAUUUCUAAAAGGUACUAAAGUGGUAGAACCCUCAAGUGAGCUAAUAUUUAAAUUUGUGUGGGCUUAUUGCAUACUUAUUUAAUAUUUGAAGUUUGUUUUUGAAGUUCCGCUAUCAUAUUUAAACUAAAAAAUUUCCUUUAUCUAAUUAUAUGAUUAAAUUAAAGUUAGAGUGGUUUUGUAGCUGCUACAACUGAAGGGCAUUAACUUCUUGAUUUAUGGUUCUUUUCCACGUUGUAGUGUAGUAGUUUCGUGUGUGUAGAUGCAAUCAAAAAUUAAGUAGUAAGUAGGAUGAGUUCCGGUACGACUGAUUUCUAUGUCUAAUUGGGGGUUUCAACCUAAACUGUAUAAUAUUUUCCUCCUUUUUACUCGUUAUGUACGUUUCGUAUGGAAAUUCUUUAAGAACACCAAACAAGUCAUAAAUUUUUGUAGUUUUAUGAUAACAUGCAAGUAAUUUAAAAAUACCUAAGGAUUUUCAGAUAUUAUUUGUACGCCAUUUUCGGAACCAAAAGUUAAAAUUAUUAUUAUGAUGUAAGUGUUUAUGUGUAUUAAGCUUACUUGUUCUGGUCAGAUUUUAACGAAAUUUCAUACUUCAACCUUGCUUCAACUUCUUCAGCUUCUAGUUUUGGCUUACGUAUAUUUUGUCAAAAUGCAUUGAAAAAAUAGCACAAUAUUGGGUCCUAAAUGCUACAAUGCAACAUUAGAUCUGAAUUAUGCAUUAAAUGAAUAAUAUUAUAACAACAAACUUUCAUAGUUGUUUUACCUUUAUAAUGUACAUAAAUAACUAAUGAGGUUUUAAUAUAUUUUCCAAUUUUAAACCAAGUCUUCUAUAAAAUAAUUUUAACAAACUCUGUUUAUAAUAAGUAUUUGUUCAACAAAAUUUCAUUUUAAUUGGUAAGCAAACAUUGAUCUACAAACUACAUAUUUUCGAACGCCAACAGCCAACUUAAUCACAAUUAGUUUUCUUAUUUGUUUAAUUUCAGGUUAUAUUUUUUUCUGUUUCUGGGUCAAUCUUUUAGUCACAUGUUUCAACAGGUUAUUUUAAAACAUAUCUAUAGAUUGUAAUUUUAUUGUUCAACUUGAAAUCAUUUUGAAAUAUCAAUAUUGUUAAAACAUUUACUUAAAAGUUAAAGGAAUGUUGUAAUGUUAAUAAAGGUCAAGUAAGCAAGCUUACUUGAUGUGACAAUGUUUACUAACUCUUGUUAGGUUUUUGUAGUUUCAGUUUAGUUUUACACAACAUAUAAGUAUAUUGACAAUUAUUUAUUGUCUGCUUACACAAUCCCAUUUUUGUGUUAUAUUUCACACCUUGUAUUGUUGGCAGCCUUUUCCUCUGGAGAAACCACUUCCUUUUUAUGUAUAUUAAGGGGCCCACUUUACAGUCUAACAUUAUUUAUAAUCUAAUAAAUGGAGUUUUAAGAUUGUUGUUUCCUUGUAUCAUUCCAAAACUAAUUGACUGAUUUUGAUUGAAAAAUUUUGUGAUAUUAUGGUAUUUUUCUAAGCUGAACUUUAUAUAUAUAUAUAUAUCUACAGAAUUCCAUCUCCAAGGGGGUGACAAAAGUAUUUAAAAAAUUAAUUCUAUCGCCAAAUCUCUUUUUACAUUUUCCAAAACUCCACUAAUAAAGUAUGUAAAGAAGAUUUGAUUAAUUUUAAGAAUAAAAAUGCAAACUUCUAAACCCUACAACUAGAGAUAAGUAAAUAGGAGUGAAUUAAAUACAUAUAGAGUUAGUAUUCAAUUCAUUUUUUUCCGCCAAAAUUUGCAUGUUAAGGACGUGAAAAUGUGUUCAGUUUUGUUUUAUUUAGAAAAAAAUUGUACCUCCGUAAGUAAUGAAGCAGGACGUAAACUAUUAUAAAGCUUCAUUUUUUCUUUUCAUUUUGUGAGAUUCUACUCGAGGUGUACAUGAAGUGGGUUGGUUUUUAAGAAGAAACAUGCAUACUUUUCAAAAGUAGUGCUUUUUUUCGUUUAUGUGAAUUUUUAAUUUCAACAGCAUUUGUGAAGCAUUAAAUUUAAUGCAACCAAUUAAAAAUGUGAUGAAUCAACAAACAAAACAAUAUUUUGCUCUUUCCUUAGUAGUCAUUUGUUUCCUUCAUUGUGUAUUUAUCUCCGACGACAGCCCGAGUGUUCAGCCAACGUUUAUAUCACGCCAUCCUGUAUGUCAGAGCAGCUGGAGAGAACAGCCAGAAGCUUUCCGGGCUAAUUUACCUCGUGCCCACUAGGAUGUGCUAGUGGCAAAUCAUUGCAGACACGCAUUUAGUAAACAAAAGUGUCAGGAAUUACGUUAACAGGUUAAAUAAUCCUCAUAAUAAAAAAUGUUAAGUUUAUGCAUUUUGAUUCAAAUUAGAACUGAAGUGUAUCUCGUAUAUUAAUAAUAUUAUUAGAAAUGUACUCAGAAAUGUUGGCGCUUCUUAGGAAUGUUGUGCCCAAGCCCUAUUAUGUAAACAAUGCAGUCCAUGAAAUUGUUGAAUUUAAUUUAAAGUUGUUUAGUCCCAAAAUGUUACUCAACAUUUAUUUUAAUCUACUUCAGAUAUUUUUAGACAUAUCUUAGUACUGUGAAUUGAUUUUCAUGGGAGUAGUCUCGUGAUUAAAAUGUUUGUCAGCAAGCACAUUUACCUGAUUGGAAAACAAAUUAUUUUGAUUAACAUUUACUCGUAUGGAAAAAAAGUAUUUUAUUAGUGCUCUGUUUUUCUGGAACGAAUUAGGGCGUUACUUUGAGGGGCCGGUGUAGUCACAUGGGUGCAGCACUCAUUGUGAGAACAAGUAAAAGAAAAUCUCCCUACAGUCAUUUCAAAAUACUUACGCCUUCUCAUCCAUUAUAAGUUUUUCAGCAUUGUGUGUUUCCAAUUUACAUGUUUCUAAGUUGCAUGAUUUAAUGUAGUGUGUUUCUAAGUAUGUAGUUCAGCAUUGUGUUCUUAACAUAUGGCAAUUCUAAGUCGUGUGUUUUUAAGUUACUUUGUUUCUAAGUGAGGUAUUGUUUUUUUAAGCUAUGAUUUUUCUAUCUUACGAAAGUUCUAAGUUAAUUUGGAUUUUUUUCGAAAAUUCUAAGUUAUGUUUGGAUCCCACUGUUACACACCUCUUGAAUGCUAAAUACUUAAAAAAGUUCAGUGAUGAGGGUCUCAUUAAAAUAUUUCUUAAGCUCAACAAACAUGCUUUUAAUCCAAAAUUUAAAAUUAAAAAAUCUUAAUUUUACAAAAAAUGCCUAUAAAAAUUUUUUGUGCAAAUUAGAAACUUUACGUAGAAAGAUGCUUAUGAACAAGUAUGGGUGCAUUCACAAAGAAAAUUACUAAACAUGUAUUUUUCUAACACUCAGGUUGAGCUAAGCUGUAACCGGUAAACCAUUACUCCAGGUCACAUCAAAAACAGUUGAACUCAAAGUCAAAAGAGGCAUAAAAACAAGCACACCCAGGAAGUAUGGAAAAAGACCCAACGCUACCACGAGAGUGAAAGACUAAUGUGCAAAGUUAACUAAGCAAAAAAUAUUAGACAUUUAUGACAGGUCUAAAUUUAAAUUUUGGUUUCUUUCCAAAAUGCUAAGCAUUAUUAAAAUACUCAAGAACUCAAGACCUGCUUACAUCGCACAGCCAAAUCACAUUAACAAAAGCUGACUUCAAGAAAUUGUAGGUCAAAUUCGAAAUGUUAACUUGUAGAGCGCUGUGUUAAAUAAGUAAUUCAGGAAAUUUGACAUUUCUAGCAGCAUUUUAAUAGAAUCAAACAAUGAAAAUCAGCUAAAAGGCACCAGAAAAAAAAUCUACUGGAAUCCGCACUAUCCAAUAACACCUAAGCACAGGUCACAAUCUGACCAGCAAGUCCACAACUUUAUCACAGUGUGAUCACCUCUGUGUCUAGUACUUUCGGCUCGCCUAUAGCCACUUCCCCCAUUUUCUGUUAGGGAAUCAUUUGACUAGCCCACGUAAAUUUUUUGAUUAAACACUGUUAAUACAAAGACUCUUAAUUAUGAACAGACAAAACUGGAGUAAAGCCAAAAUGUAAGUCAGAUCCAAUCAAUAUUUAAUUGCAGUUUGGAAAGCAAAUAAACUACAAAUGUAUUAUAAUAAUAUAACUUACAGUAAAUAGCAAAGAAAUAAAGGAAUUAAUACAUCUUUACAUGACAAACAAAAUUAUUAUUUUAAAAACCUUGGGAAAGCACAUUAUACCUCAACUGCUACAGUGUUUUUUUUUUUCCCCCUAAUGAUGUAAAUACCUUACAAGAGUGGUAAAGGGUGGAGUACUGUUUUGCCAGUUGAGUUCACAUUGCUGCCAAUUUGAAAUCAAAGUUUUUCUUUUGUGAACAAUAUUUAUUUUCAAGCGUAAAAUUUUAAAAUUAAUUAUAACCAGUAACAAAUUAUGCUACUAGAAUGAAUUAAGAUAAUAAAUAAACAUUUUGCACGUACUCCAUUGUAAUAAAUGUACCUAUCUCCUGUCAGUUUUAAACAAACUAAAAGGUUGUGUAAGAUAAAAUGUGUAAAAACUUAGAAACAUACUGAUAAAAUCAAUAAACCAUGGGAAAUAUUUUAAGCAUUGGCACAACUAAAAUACACCAAUAAGAAAAGUAAAUCUGCAGUUUGUACUUCAUAUUAAAAUCAGUAUUCCACACUAUAAAAUCCAUAGGUUAUAGGAGCUAGGCCACAUAUUUUAGUGAAGGUGGUAGUCUUCCAAGCCACCAGCUUAUCUCAUUACCUGAAAAUCUCAGCAAUCCAGAAACUUAACAGCAAAGCACAUUUCACUGACCUCUUGGCCUGCUCAUUUUCAGAGAAUGCAUUUUCUGAUUUACCAAAAAUGUGCAUAACAUUUCCUGUCGUCCAGUAUGAAACCCUUGGUGAAUGGGAAAAAUAAUGUGAGUGUAUUGAAAUUUUGCAUACAUAAGUGUGAUAACAAAUAUUUUUUAAUGCAGGUUCUAAUGUUUAAAUUAUUUAAGGACAUAAAAGUUUUGAUAAGAAACUAAUAAGGUUAUAGAUUGAAGGCUAAACUCUUACAAGCGAAGUUAAUAAUUAGGCUUUUCCUUUUUUAUUAAACUAAAUUGUCUUCAUGAAAUUAUAUUGUGAUGAAAUUUGCUUGUGGUAAUCAUUGCUAAGUUUUAUUUUAAGUGAAAAUAUUUAAUCUCUGCUAGUUAUCUUACAAACAUUGCUUCAAAGUUUUUGUAUUAAAGCAAUUGCAGUUAUAACUGGCAUAAUAGACAUGUACAUUGUUUUGUCACAUGAGAUGAAUGAUGAUAUUGUAAGUUUUGAAGGAUUCAAAAGUGAUUCUUGAACAAAGUGAACACAUAUGUGCAACUAUAAUAUUGAUUUUUAUUUUAUAUAUUGAAAAAAAAAAGUUAUGCUUGGUAUUUGAGUUAAUAUCUUAUGUUUUUAUGCAGAUAACAUAAUAGUGGUGUCUAAAAUUUUGUUCUUUUAACAUAUUUAGCUUUGAGAGGACAAGGUUAUGACCUCUGCUAAUCUGGCUGGGCUAGUAUUUUGUGAAUGAAUAAUUACAAUACUUAAAUUCUGCUUGAUUCUUAUUUCAUCUGAGCUUCUUGCGAAAGCGCAUAUGUUUUUAUGAAAAAAUUGCUUUUUUAUUUUUAUGUUUGCUUUUAAAUAUUUUUUUUUACUGUUUCCAUAGCUCACUGCUAAAUCUGUUAAUUCUUUCCAAGUUUUGCUGUCAUUUUGAAAAAUUUUGUGAGCCAUCAAGGUGACAACGCAGAGAAAUUUUGAUGGACACUUUCUUUUGUAAAAUGUUAGUUUUAACUAUUCUGUCUAAUAUUUUAAAAUGCAAUUCAAUUAUUUCAAUACAAGUAUUUGAACAGUUAUUUACUGGUAUUUCUGUUGUGAUUGUGCUUGAAACCAUUGUUUUAAAAAUAUUACACUACUAUUUAUUAUUACUUUUAUUUUACAGUUAUCUGUAAAGUGCUGUUUUUAUGACAAAUAAAUUGCUUUAUAAAUAUAG